AUGCCCCUCCCAAAAUCUCUACUCAGACCUAGAGCGCUCCACACCCUCUCUUCCCAGUCCAAACCGCUCACUUCACCUCAUCCUCCUCCGCCGCCGGAUACCUUCCUCGUCGACAAGGCCAUAUCAAUUCUCAAAUACCACCACCCCUCACUCCUCAACCCCUUAAUCCCCCAAUUCACCCCUGCAGCCGCCUCCUCUCUUCUCCUCCAAUCCCAAAACGACCACACCCUAAUCCUUAAAUUCCUCAAUUGGGCUCGCAAAUUUCCCUUUUUCACCACCCACCUACAAUGCCUCUGCCUCUCCAUACACAUUCUCACUCGCUUCAAGCUCUACAAAACCGCCCUAACACUGGCGGAACAAGCCGCCCUCACUUUUCCCGCCGACCAAACGACCGAUUUGGUCUUUUCCUGCCUUGUCGACACGUACCAGCUCUGCAACUCCAGCUCCGCGGUGGUUGAUUUGAUGGUAAGGGCCUUGUCUAAUUUGAAGCAGAUUGAUAGAGCUUUGAAUUUUGUGAAUUUGGCUACAAAUCAUGGUUUCCAGCCUAGUGUGUUGUCAUAUAAUUCGAUUUUGGAGGCGAUUAUUCGGAGUAAGGCUUCUGGAUGUGUAGAGUUAGCCAACACUGUGUAUAAUGACAUGCUGCAUAAAGAUGUUUCCCCCAAUGUUUUUACUUACAAUAUAUUGAUUAGAGGGCUGUGUGCAAAUAAGACUAUUGAUAGGGGGUUGGAUUUCUUUGAGAAGAUGGAGAAAAGGGGUUGUUUGCCCAAUGUGGUUACAUAUAACACCUUGAUGGAUGCCUAUUGUAAAUCGGGCAACAUCGAUGAGGCGUAUGCAUUACUGGAACUGAUGUGGGAAAAGAAUUUGGUGCCUAAUGUGAUUACUUACAACGUUAUCAUAAAUGGAUUGUGUCGAGAAGGGAGGAUGAAGGAGACAGGCAAGGUUUUUAAUGAUAUGAAGGGUCAGGGCUUGGUUCCAAAUGAAGUUACAUAUAAUACAAUUAUCAAUGGGUUCUGUAAAGAGGGGAACUUUCACCAAGCUCUUGUUUUACACGCGGAGAUGGUUAGGAAUGGCUUGUCUCCCACUGUAGUCACUUAUACUUCUCUGAUAAAUAGCAUGUGUAAAUCCAGAAAUAUGCGUCGUGCCAUGGAGUUCUUCGACCAGAUGCAGAUCAGGGGACUGAACCCUAAUGAGAAAACUUAUACAACUUUAAUUGAUGGUUUCUGUCAGCAGGGGUUCAUGGAUGAAGCAUACAGAUUUUUGAAUGAAAUGAUAAACAGGGGCUUUUCGCCCUCAAUAGUGACAUACAAUGCAUUGAUCAAUGGGCAUUGUGUGGCAGGUAGAAUCGACAAUGGAGUGGAAGUGAUUAAAGAUAUGACUGCAAAAGGAGUGUCUCCAGAUGUAGUAAGUUACAGUACAAUCAUAUCUGGUUUCAGUAGAGAUUCUCGUUUGGAUGAGGCAUUCCAAAUGAAAGAGGAGAUGGUUAAGAAGGGGAUUUUUCCAGAUGCCAUUACUUAUUCGUCUUUGAUGCAAGGUCUUUGUGCAGAGAGGAGACUAACUGAUGCUCGUGAAAUGUUUGAAGACAUGUGGAGACUAGGUUUGCAGCCUGAUAAGUGUACAUACACUACUCUUAUAAAUGCUUGUUGUGCUGAAGAUGAUAUGGAAAGUGCAAUGUAUCUCCACAAUGAAAUGAUCAAUAAAGGUGUUCUUCCUGAUGUUGUUACCUACAGUGUGUUGAUAAACGGGCUUAAUAAGCAGGUUCGCAGUAAGGAAGCAAAGCGGCUGCUUUUCAAGCUGUUCUAUGAAGAGCAUGUUCCUUCUGAUGUUACUUAUGAUUUGCUGAUAGAGGGCUGUAGUAGCAUUGAAUUUCAGAGCAGCGUAGCACUUAUGAAGGGAUUCUGCUUGAAAGGUUUGAUGAAUGAAGCUGAUCGAGUUUUUGAUGAAAUGCUUCAGAGCAACCACAAGCCUAGUGAAGCAGUUUACAAUGUUCUCGUACAUGGCCAUUGUAAAGCAGGAAAUUUGCAGAAAGCAAUCGAUCUAUACAUGGAAAUGGUGCAACACGAACUUGUUCCUCAUGCUGUUACCAUUAUUGCUCUUGCUAGAGAACUUCACAAAGUGGGCAGGACGGAAGAGCUGAAUCAAAUUUUACAAGAUAUGUUAAGAAGCUGUAAAGUUAUUGAUGGUGACCGAGCCAAAGUCCUUUUGGAGGUGAAUUACAAAGAAGGGAACAUGGAUAACGUUUUUCACAUUCUGCAGGAGAUGUCCAAGGAUGGCCUGCUUCCCAAUGAUUUUAAGACUGCAUAGGCUUGUGACGUUAUUUUAUAUGGAAUCAUUAAGCUGUUUGUGUAAAACAUAACAAUGGGCUGGGUAUGCAACACAUGUCGGACUUGCUUUUUCUCCCACAAUGAAGGUUUGAGUUAUGGCAGUGUGUCCAGUGGUAGUAGCCAGUUUCGAGAAGAUGAAAAGAAUGGCUGCUAGCUUACUGAGCCAUUGUGCUAACAGAAGCCAUUCUUUUUCCCUGCCAAAAGAAAAUGGUGAACCAGUGUCAUAUCUAUAGUGAGAUAGACAAGGAUGGCCUUGGUUUCAAUUGAGGUAACAACAGCUUAGAGUUAUGAACAGACAUGCUGACUAGAGGAGUUGCUUCAUCUGCUAUCCCAAAUAUAUCUCAUAGAGAAAUCAUUUGUUUCUAGUUGUAUUUGGACACAGUCUUGUAUUUUCUUUUAUAAUUUUUAUCAAUAGUAAAGUAUAGUCACCGAUUUAUUGUC